UAAUGCCAAUCGAACGUCACAAGUUGAAUGACGCCUCGAAUGUUGUAUUGAUAUUUAAUAUACAUUUAAAAUUUAAUUUAAUUUAAAAUUAUUUCGUCAUGUCUUUGAAAAGCCGUGUUUGGGAAAAGUUGAAGAAGAAGUUUGAUGACGGUGAGGUAGACUCCCCUCUGAAAUACACGUACGUCAAACAAGUGUCAUGCCUAAUGAGUUCCGUCGGCGCCUGGCCUCACAGGCAGUUUGGUCGCCAGAAACUCCACACUCUGCUAUCAAUCUAUAAUCUCGGGCUACAUGGCGUGUGCGCAGGCAUGUUUAUUCUUGGGCUGUUGUAUUGGCGGCAGCGCAGACAUAAUAUGUCGUUUUUCGAUUCGGGGCACAUAUUUUUGUGUAUGCUUUUUGACCUUUUGGUUUUGCUGAGAUUCAUGGUGACUCAGACAACGAAAUAUCAAGAAACAAUUAAAGCUUUUUUGCUUGAAUUUCACCUGUUUUACUUCAAGGAUCGAUCGCCGUAUGCUGCAAAGGUCCACACGCAAGUUCAUACCAUAUCGGGCAUGUUCAGUUUUUACGUCAUAUGUCAGAUGGCCCACGGCAUGGCAUUGUUCGUGCUAAUGCCUUGCUACAGUAACUUACGCAAAGGCAUGUUUGGCAAAAACAGGCCUGAGAAUAGCACCUUCGAGAAUUCAGCUUACUACUACCUACCGGACGCCUGUUAUACUACUUUACGAGGAUACUGGAUAUUACUCGCUUUCAAUGCUUUCUCGUCUUACAUUAUAACUAUUGGUCUCUUCGAGUUCGACCUUAUGAUCAGUAUGAUGGUCUUCCAAAUCUGGGGUCAUCUAAAAAUUUUGAAAAAUAGCUUGUUAACUAUGCCUUUGCCGGUAAACAGCAAAGACGGCUUGUAUUCACCAGAAGAGAAUAUCAAAAUCAAAGCAUUGUUGAAGGAAAUUAUUGAACAUCACACCCUGAUUAUAAAAUUCGUGGACGGAUGUUCCAAUACGUUUAGCGAGUACCUGUUCACGUUCUACCUGUUCAUGCAGUUCAUCACCUGCAUCUUACUGCUGGAAGUAUCUUCGUUCACAGCAGACGCUCUGGGUAAAUACGGCCCCUUAACCAUUGGGAUGCAUCAGCAGUUAAUACAAGUGUCUAUACUUUUUGAAGUCUUGAAUACAAAGAGCAACGAACUGAUCGACGCUAUGACACAAAUACCAUGGGAACAUAUGAACACGAGCAACAGAAGAACAGUGUUGUUCUUGAUAUGCAGGAUUCAAAUUCCUGUCUCUUUGAAGGCUGGUGGGAUGGUGCCGGUCGGAGUCAAUACAAUGCAGGCGGUCUUGAAGGGUUCGGUGACGUACUAUAUGAUGUUGAAGGCUUUCGCUGCUGAGGGGUAAAUUUUGUUAGAGAAGUGGAGGAACAACUUAAGAGGAAAUACCAGCUGAGCCUCUUUCAAAUUUGAGAAUUUUAGAUAUAAUUCUUCGUUUUAAU